AUGGGUAUAAAAACUAUCAGCUGUAUUGUACAAGAAGUAUUUGAAGCAUUGUGGGAAACCCUUUCUCCAAUUUAUAUGAAACUACCAUCGGAAGACGAAUGGUUAACAAUAGCAAAAAAUUUCGAGACCAAUGCAAAUUUUCCUCAUUGCUUGGGAGCCAUUGACGGAAAACAUAUUAGAAUCAUCAAGCCAGAAGAAAGUGGAUCAAUGUUUUUCAACUACAAGCACUAUUUCUCAAUAGUAUUAAUGGCUGUGGUAGACACAAACUAUAAUUUUGUUUUUAUUGAUGUUGGAGCCUACGGCAAAGAAUGCGAUUCAGCAGUAUUUAAAGAAACAGAAUUUUGGAAAAGAAUAGUAGGCGAUAAAUUAAAUAUUCCUCGACCUAAGCAGUUGCCAGGUGCAGGGAGUCAGUUACCUUAUGUACACUCAGCGGCACGGAAUCUUGGCCAAACUCAUAACAUGCGAUAA